AUGAUUGCAGCAGACUCGACCCAGACAAACUCAGCGGCCGUGCUCAGGCCAGGCGGCUCAUUCUACUAUGAAGACCGGGAGCUGCCAGUUAUUCAGUCCGAUAGGGACGUGAUCGUGAAAAUAAUCGCAACCGGGCUUUGCGGCUCCGAUGUUCACUACUGGCAGCACGGACGUAUCGGUCGCUAUGUAGUAGAAAAGCCACUCAUCCUAGGUCAUGAGUCAACGGGAGUUGUGGUGUCCUGCGGCAGCAAAGCUGAGGGAAUCGCAGUCGGAGAUCGCGUCGCCUUAGAGCCCGGUGUAGCUUGCAAUACAUGCCAGGCGUGUCGCAGAGGUCGCUACAACCUCUGUAGAGACAUGCGUUUUGCAGCAACGCCCCCGAUCGACGGAACACUUUGCACAUACUAUCGCGUCCCAGCCGAAUGCUGCUUCAAGCUGCCCGCUCACAUCUCCCUCAGUCAGGGCGCAUUAGUCGAGCCAUUGAGUGUCGCGGUACAUGCUUGUCGGCUCGCCGGCGAUAUGCAAACCAAGUCCGUCAUUGUCUUCGGAGCCGGACCAGUUGGCCUUCUCUGUUGUGCUGUUGCCUGUGCCUUUGGUGCGAGUACAGUCGUUGCGGUCGAUAUUGUCUCCAGUCGACUUACGGUAGCUAGCAAAUACGGAGCCACGCACACGUACCAGAUGCAAGACGCAUCGCCUGAAGUCAAUGCGGUGGACCUUCUCAGAGCAGCGAGGGUGGAAGACGGAGCGGACGUGAUCCUGGACGCGACGGGAGCGGAGCCCUGCAUUGUCUGUGGCCUGCACGCGGUCGCGCCAGGAGGCACUUUCAUCCAGGUGGGAUUAGGUCGGCCCAGCGUCACGCUACCCAUUGGCCAAGUCUGCGAUAAAGAGGUCACAGUCAAGGGCAGCUUUCGCUAUGGCCCUGGAGACUUCCAGACCGCCAUAGGACUGCUCGACGCCCGGCGUGUUAACCUGGACGGUCUAGUUACGAACGAAUAUACCUUUUCGCAGGUCGAAGAAGCGUUUCAAAAUGUGGCGAACAGGGUUGGGAUAAAAAGUGUCAUAUAUGGACCGGGGGUGGAAGCAGAAAUGGCCAACUCAGUUGCAGCAUAA